AUGAGACCAAGUUCUGUUUUAAAUGCAUUACAUAAACAUGUUCCAUUAAUAAAAUUUUUAGGUCCAAGGAGUAAAUUGAAUAAAGGUUCAAUUAAUGGGAAUCCAAAACUUCAUCCAGCAGCUCCAAAAGGUUCAACUCUGCCUUCUCAAUCUUUAACUCGUUCAGAUAUUACAACUAAUGCUUCUGCUUCAAAUAAAUCUAAAUCUGAUAGUAAUGCUCAGACGUAUUACGAUUAUUCAGAUUUACCAUUAAAAUAUAAAAGAAAAGAUAUUUCACCACAAGAAAUCGAAAUUAUUGAUCUUGGUGGAGCCAAUAUUAUAUAUCGACGUUAG